UCGCUGUGGAGUAUUUUCUGAGCGACUCUCCGACUCGAGUUUAAACUGGGGAACCUGGACUAUCACCAGACCAUGUUCCAGCCAACACCCAAGCGGUGUUUUACGAUAGAGUCCCUCGUGGCGAAGGACAGUCCGGUGCCGGCGUCCCGGUCCGAGGAGCCCAUCCGGCCCGCGGCGCUCAGCUACACCAACACGGGCCAAAUGAACCCUUUUCUCAACGGCUUUCACUCCUCGUCCAGAGGCGUCUACUCCAACCCGGACUUGGUGUUUGCCGAGGCGGUGUCUCAUCCGCCCAGCUCGGCUGUCCCCGUGCACCCCGUGGCCCCACCGCACGCGCUGGCCGCUCACCCGCUGUCCUCUUCCCACAGUCCGCACCCGCUGUUCGGUCAGCAGCGGGACCCGUCCACCUUCUACCCCUGGCUCUUACACAGAUACAGAUACUUGGGUCAUCGGUUUCAAGGAAAUGAAACGAGUCCAGAGAGUUUCCUUUUGCACAACGCGCUGGCCAGAAAACCCAAACGGAUCCGGACGGCGUUCUCCCCAUCGCAGCUGCUGAGGCUCGAGCACGCCUUUGAGAAAAACCAUUACGUGGUGGGAGCCGAGAGGAAGCAGCUCGCGCACAGCCUUAGCCUCACAGAAACUCAGGUAAAAGUUUGGUUUCAGAACCGAAGGACGAAGUUCAAGCGGCAGAAGCUGGAGGAGGAGGGCUCAGAAUCGCAGCAGAAAAAGAAAGGCUCGCAUCACAUAAAUCGAUGGAGGCUGGCCACCAAGCAGUCGAGCCCCGAGGAAAUAGACGUCACAUCGGACGAUUGAAAUCACGAAGCCCGGGCACAGAGACUGGACACGGGACACUGAGGGGUAACACAAGCCAAUGUCACAUUUCAGAUCUGCGGCAGCUGAGGGGGCGCUCCACGGGCCAGGACCUGAACCGACAAACGCCCCACUAAAACUACCCCACUUCACUCCGGACGUUUGCACUUCAGAUAUUUUAUAAACAAAACCAAAACAACUGCUUUUGUAAAACUUGAACUGCAUGGUCUAU